AUGGACCCCCGAGACUUCGCACACUUCGAAGAUAAUGGACUCUCACGCUUCUACCACUUCUUCCGAUCCAAUCAGCUACUACAGUUCCCAGAUCUACCCAGACAUACACCACUAAACACUUUCGAUCACUUCAGGUAUAUACAGAUCCGCAGCUUUCUACAAAACCCCCAACACACCUCCACAGCCUCUGCUAACCUAGCCCAAUUCGAGCGCGAUUGCGUACACAACCCGAUACACAAAGGCCAAAUCUCCUUCAUAUACCUCCAACUCAACUCCUCCUCUUCAGCGGACGCACUCUCCUACACUAAAACAUGGGAAAAAGACAUUGGCCCCCCCAACGAUCCCUUGGACUGA